AUGGACAGGAUUAGUAAUAUGUCCGAUGACUUGCUGCUGAAGAUUUUGUCAUCACUUCCGACCAAAGAAGUCGUUGCCACUAUGUUUUUGUCGAAGCGAUGGAAGUUCAUAUGGACGAUGGUUCCAAAACUUGAUUUUGAUGAUGGUGGUUGUGACUUCUAUUUUGGUUAUGGUUGUGACUUCUAUGAUGAAAAUUAUUAUAAAAUAUUUCGGCAAUAUGUUGACAGGUUUAUGGUAUUGCACAAGUCUCCGGUUCUUGAAACUUUGUAUUUCAAGCUUGGUCAGUGGUCUACCUCCGAAGAUUUGGCAACAUGGAUCAGAAUGGCAAUUGUUCGCCGUGUUCGUAAACUUAUAGUUUUCAGUUUUUCUAAGACAAAUCCCACUUUGCCAGUGUGUCUGUAUACAUUAAAAUCGCUCGUGGUAUUGAAACUUUCUGAGAUGGUUGUUCUCGAUGUUCCUACCACGGUUUGUCUUUCGUCCUUGGAAUCUUUACACCUGGAGUGUGUAUUGUUCCAAAACAAAGAAUCUCAUCGUAGGCUUUUAUCUGGCUGUCCUGUUCUUAAGGAAUUGGUGUUGGAGAAAUGUUAUCACAUUAACAUCUCUACUCCAUGUUUCUACGUCGUAGUGACUUCCUUGCAGAGAUUAUCUAUCAAAGACGAAGGCGAUACAAACGUAAAAGUUGUGAUAAAUGCUCCGUCGUUAAAGUACUUGAACAUUGAAGAUACCUGUGACGAUGGUCUCUUGUCCUUGUGGGAGAAAAUGCCAGAGCUGGUUGAGGCAAAUGUUAGUGUUGUUUACAAAAGUUCUGAGAAGCUAAUGGGAUCUCUUACAUCAGUCAAACGUAUCUCUUUAUGUAUACCCACUUCAGUGGUGCAGUCUCAACCUAGUAUUAAGUUCUACCAGCUUGUUCAUCUGAAACUAUGUCAAUGUGAGGAAAAGUGGUGGGUUCUACUUACUUGGAUGCUCGAAAGUUCUCCUAAACUACAAGUUCUCAAGCUCUACAAGUGUAAACCACAUUAUCAUUGGGGGCUAGUGCGGCCCGUUGAAUAUCCUUGGGGACAACCGAGUUCUGUUCCUGAAUGUUUGUUGUUCCAUCUCCAUACUUUUGAAUGGAAUCAUUACAAUGGAAGAAUGCAAGAGAAGGAAAUGGUGGCUUACAUCCUAAACAACGCAAAAUUGUUAAAGACUUCGAAUAUCUCUGCGUGGGGACCUCAGAAACUCAAGGAGUUGGAAUAUUUGCAUAGGGCUUCAGAGUCAUGUAAGCUUGUGUUGGAUCGUUGA